UGAGUUCCUGGCGUCGCGCAGGAAGUGACAUCACUCGGCGCCGUGGAGACGCGGGAGCUUCCGGCGGCGGUGCGGAGCGGCGGCUCGCCUGGCUCUGGGGUCCCGGCGCGGCGGGAGGGCGGGCGGCCUGGGCGCAGCGUCUCCAGCUUGCCGGCGUAGCCUCUGCCGAGCACCAGAAGCCCGUGCUCUCUCGGUCCGCAGCUCAGCUCCUUCCCGCACGCGGUCCCUGAGCCGGCAUGGCCACAGACUGGCUGGGCAGCGUCGUGUCUAUCAAGUGUGGCGAGAGCCUGGGUGUCUACCAGGGCCGAGUGUCCGCCGUGGACCAGGUCGGCCAGACCAUCUCCCUCACUCGGCCCUUCCACAACGGCGCCAAGUGCCUGGUGCCAGAAGUCACCUUCCGGGCAGGUGACAUCACAGAACUGAAAAUCCUGGAGAUUCCAGGUUCUGCAGACAACCAACAUUAUGGAGACUUUCAUCAGACGGAGUCUGUCCCCUCUGGUACAGGAGGCCCAGUGGGCCCCAGUCAGAAUGGCUCAAGCAAGCCGCUCAGGAAGCCCGCCCCCUCCAGCAGCGCCCCUCAGAGCAUCCCCAGGCGGACAGAGGCGAAGGGCCAGGACGUGACCAUGUCCCCCCAGCAGCACGUGGACAGGCAUCUCGAGCCCCUGAGCCAGCCCAGGAACUUCCGGCGCCGUCACAACUCCUGGUCAUCCAGUAGCCGGCACCCAAACCAGGCGACACCCAAGAAGACUGGGCUGAAGAACGGGCAGGGGAAGACCAAGGAUGACGAGUGUUUUGGGGAUGAUGUUGAGGAGCUGCCCGACACGGACUUCGACUUUGAGGGCAACCUGGCGCUGUUCGACAAGGCAGCUGUGUUCGAGGAGAUCGACACCCACGAGCGGCGCUGUGGCCCCCGGGCCCGGGGCGUCCCGAGUGACAGGCCCACCCGCUACCGCCACGACGAGAACAUCCUAGAGUCGGAGCCUACCGUGUACCGGCGCAUCGCCGUGCCCCAUCCCGCCAACAGGGAGUUCUGCACUGACUCGGGCCUGGUGGUCCCCAGCGUGUCUUACGAGCUGCACAAGAAGCUGCUGUCGGCGGCUGAGCGGCACGGGCUGACUCUGGAGCGGAGGCUGGAGGUGACGGGCGUGUGCGCCAGCCAGAUGGCCCUGACCCUGCUCGGGGGCCCCAACAGGUUGAACCCCAAGAAUGUGCACCAGAGGCCAUUGGUGGCUGUGCUGUGUGGCCCCCAUGUGAAGGGCGCCCAGGGCAUCAGCUGUGGCCGCCACCUGGCCAACCACGACGUCCAAGUCAUCCUUUUCCUGCCCAAUUUUGUCAAGAUGCUAGAGUCCAUCACCACUGAGCUGGCGCUGUUCAGCAAGACACAGGGCCAGCAGGUGUCCAGCCUCAAAGACCUGCCCGGCAGCCCUGUGGACCUGGUUAUCAACUGCCUGGACUGCCCCGAGAACGCCUUCCUGCGGGACCAGCCGUGGUACAAGGCCGCCGUGGCCUGGGCCAACGAGAACCGCGCACCUGUGCUCAGCGUCGAUCCCCCUGCACGCGCCCUGGACUGCGGCGUGGACGCCAAGUGGUCGCUGGCACUGGGCCUGCCCCUGGCGCUGGGCGAGCAUGCUGGCCGCGUGUACCUGUGUGACAUCGGGCUCCCGCAGCAGGUCUUCCAGGAGGUGGGCAUCAGCUACCACUCGCCCUUCGGCUGCAAGUUUGUCAUCCCGCUGCACCCCGCUUAGGGCGGCUGCCACCCCAGGACAGCCACCUCGCCACCUGUCUCACCAGCCUGUCCCGCGGGCAGCCUUCGUUUACACACUCAGAUGGCUCCACAGGCUCAGGCUGGGCCACUACCGUCUGCUGGAUCGUCUCACCAUCCUCGUCCGUCCCAUCUCCUCGCUCUGAGGUGACGAGUCCGGGCUGCUCCCCACCCGAGUACUUGUCCCCACAGCUGGCUCAGCCUUCACGGUGUCCACUCUGGACUGGGGGAGACACGAAGCCCCCUGCACCUGGAGGGCCUGUGGGUGUCCGGGAGGAGGGGGAGGGGUCCACUGCCUGGGGUCUGUUUCUUAAGGGCAGGCACGGUCGCCCGGCUGCUGCGAGCAGUGGCCACCCCGGGACGAGCAGGAAUAAAGCUGCGUGAGGACCCCCA